UUCUUUCUUUCAGUCCCUCAAUUCUCUUUUGGGGUUUCUUCUCUCUCUCUCUCUCUCUCUCUCUCUCUCUCUCUCUGCUGCUCACUGCUACUAGCUGGCUCUUGUCUUAACAAGUACACAAACGUGAAAAAGCUGGUAGCUUCUGUUCUUUUUGCUUCUUUUUCUCUCUUAAUUUUCCCUCUCUUUCUUCCUGUAACUUAUUUUCUCUCCCUUUUUGUUCUUUGUUUUUUUUUGUCUAAUUUGCUUCUGUUUCAACUUAAUAUGCUGAAAAGAAUGUUUUUUGUUAUUAUUUGAGAAGUGGGUUGGUGGAAAAAUGAAAUGGGUUGGUGGUUGUAAAAUAUGUUGAAAAGUGUUGUUGACCUAUUUUCAGUUUGACCCUUUUGUUGUUUAGCUUUGUUUAAGGUUACUGCAUUUCUUUCUAUUGACUCUGAUUCUUGUUCCUUAUUUUUAUGUUUUAUUGAUUUUUUCUUUUCAUUUUUACAAUGAUUUUCAUUUUGUUUAUGCUUUAGCUAUGAAGCACGGAUACUCCUUGGAUUUGGCGACGUUGGUAUCAGACACCGACACAUAGGGAUGGAUGGCCUUUCUAUCGUGGACGACCUUUUGGAUUUCUCAUCUGACAUAGGUGAGGAUGAUGAUGAUGAUAAAUCUAAGAAAUCUGUUCCUUCACUUAAACCGAAAUGCAGUGAUCCACCGUCACUUAGUCCAUUGGGCCUGGAUGAUGCUAACCAUUCAUUUCCUGAGUAUGCAGAAGAGGAGCUUGAAUGGCUCUCAAACAAAGAUGCAUUUCCGGCUGUUGAAACAUUUGUUGACAUUUCCUGUAUUCAACCGGAUAUGUCAAAGUAUCAAAAGACAACACCAACGCUCGAGAACAGCACAAGCAGUAGCAACAACAGCAAUAACAGUUCCAACAGCAUUACCCUCUUAAGUGGCUACAAUCAAAUGAAGUUCCCUGUUCGUGCAAGGAGCAAGUCUCGUAGCAAGCCUCGCCUUGACACCUUGAACCAGCAAUUCCCGUGGAAACAACCAAGUACCAAAAUUUCCAGAGAACAAGUGAGACCAACCUCAAACAUUGAGAGGAAAUGUCAUCACUGUGGAGCUGAUAAUACUCCACAAUGGCGUGCAGGUCCGAAUGGUCCGAAAACCCUUUGUAAUGCAUGUGGGGUUAGGUAUAAGUCUGGCAGACUUGUCCCUGAAUACCGCCCUGCAAAUAGCCCAACUUUUCGCCGUGACGUUCAUUCUAAUUCCCACAGGAAAGUACUGGAGAUGAGGAGGCAAAAGGGAAUGGGUUGAAAGUCAUGGAUAAAAUGAAAAGUGGCAUUAAAACAUUUCUUUUAGCAUUUAGCAUGCUAAAAGUUAGGAUUUUGAUUUUCUUUUGAUUCUGAUUUUUUCUAAAUUCAUUUUUAGUCCAUUUUUGCUGUGGGAUGUUUUAGAUGGGCAGUGAAAUUUUUAGAUUAAAAUUGAAGUUAGGAAGGUCUUAAAUCCUUUGCGUGCCUAAUGUGGUUUUGAAUUUUUUGAUUCGACUGUUUUUAUGCCGGUGACUGUAGUUUGAUUGGAGAUUAGGGAGAAGAUUAGUUGCAUGGAGUGACUUGCUCCCUUCAUUAGAGAGAAGUUCUUAUGCUUAUCUGAACUAAAUCUAGAUUGAUGAUGGAUAGUGGUUUAGUUAAUUGUUGAGGAAUUUUGGAACCAUUGAAGGAUUUGAUACAACAUUCAUGUUUUUGAAGUGAGAAAUAUGUUGUCUAUCUUUAGAUGUUAGUUUGUAGGCAACAGAAUUGAUCAAGCCUUGACCAAUUGUUGACAACAUGGUAUCUUUUUGUUUACAUUAAGGUUAUAACUUUUGGAACCAUUCUUUGUCUGA